GCAUUGCAGUUCCAUAGCUCUUCUCUCUCUCUGGCGGGAAAAAAAAAAGUGAAAAGAAAAUGGCAAUGGCUCCUGUAACCACUAAAUGCAACCUGAAAGAAGUGAAUAGAGGAGCUUGGACAGCUGAGGAAGACCAAAAGCUGGCGCAAGUGAUUGACCUUCAUGGUCCCAAGAGGUGGAAAUCAAUUGCAGCAAAAGCAGGUCUUAAACGAAGUGGGAAGAGUUGCAGGUUGAGAUGGAUGAAUUAUUUGAGGCCUAAUAUAAAGAAAGGCAACAUAUCAGAUCAAGAAGAGGAUUUGAUACUAAGGCUUCAUAAACUGCUCGGAAACAGGUGGUCUUUGAUUGCUGGAAGAUUACCGGGUCGAACCGAUAACCAAAUCAAGAACUACUGGAAUUCUCAUUUGAGCAAGAAGAUAAAGCUAAACGAGAACCGAAACAAAGGUUCGGAAAUACAAGAACCGGUGCUAGACAAUUCGAAGGGAAAUGAGACGGUCUUUGUACCGAAAGGAAGCGAAGAAGGUACAUCGAAGAGAGACGACGACUACAACUCCACACCUUGCUUAUUCGGUGAUACCAUGUCCGAUUUUCAUAGUCCAGAGGCUCUUAAUUGGGAGUGGAUGAGUCAAUUUUUCGAAAUUAAUGAGAGCUGGGAUUACUUUGCAUAUGACAUUAUUUGAACAUUGUCCAUUUAAAUCAACUUGUUGUACAUUAGUUGUUAAAGAGGCAUUUGGUAAUCCAAGGAAAACCCUUUCAGUUUCAGUUGUGUGUUGACAAAGGUUUUUCGUUGGAUUAACAAUAAGAUUAUGUUUGAUUUCAUUGUUUAUAAUUAGAUCCAUUAAUUUUGGUA